AUGAACGAUAAAAAUAAGAUAAAACAAGAAAAAAAAGAAGAGAGUAAAGAAAUUAUUAAAGAAUAUAUUGAAGAAUUUAAUAAAAAUUUAUAUGAAUUAAGUAUAAAAGAAAAUUUUUUUAAAGAAGAAAAAGAUUUAGAAAUAGUAGAAGAUUUUUGUAUUGAAGUAGAAGAUAUUAAUAAACAGGAAGAAGAAAAAGAGAAAAAGAAGAGAAUAAUAAAUAUGAUAGGAAUUAUAAUGUAUCAAAUGAGAAAAAGUUUAUAUGAAUGGGCACAUUUAAGAACAUAUUUUAUAAUAGAAAGAAUAAAAAAAGUUAUGAAAAUAUUUAUUCAUUUUAUUAUUAAAUAUAUGGAAGAGAAUAUUAAAAAUAAAGAAAUAAAUAAAGAAGAUAUACAAAAAAUUACAAUUAUAUUUAAAAUUGGAAUGGAAGAAAAAAUUGAAAAAGAAUAUGAAGAUAUAAUAAAAAUAUUUAGUGUUAAAGAAUUUUAUAAUGAAAUGAGUAGUGAAGGAAUAAUUAAAUUAAAAGAAAAAAGAAAUAAAGAAGAAAUAAAAGAAGAUAAUAAAAAUAUAUUAGAUAAACAAAUAAUGAAAGGAUUAUUAAAUAUUGAUGUUACUAAAACAAUAAAUAAAGAAUUAGAAGAAAAAGAUAUUUAUGGAAAAAUUAUAGAAGAGAAUCAAAGAAUAUUUAAUUAUGAAGAAAAAGGAAUAGGAAAAUAUUUUGAAUAUAUUACUAUUCCAAUUGAUAGUAUUAGUGAAAGAAUUAAAAAUAAUAAAGAAAAAAAUAUAAAUAAUCAAAAUGAUAUUCAAAAAAUUAAUAAAGAAAUUAAAGAAAUAUUAAUAUUUAUUAUGAAUACAUUUCCUAAAAUUGAACCAACUUGUAUUGGAUAUAUUAGUAAAGUAUUAGUUAAAAUUACAGAAAUUCAUGAUUUAUUAAGUGAAAUUAAUUAUCAUGAUGAAUGUGAAAAUUUAGUUAGUAUUAUUUAUUCUAUUAUAAAUAUUAUUGGAGAAAAUAUUGGUAAUAUUGUUGUUGAAACAAACAUGCAAGCUUAUUGUGCUGCUCAUCUUUUUCAAACAUUAUUACCAAAUAAUUUUUCAUUAAAAGAAUUUUUAAAAAGUUUAAAUAAUACAAAUGAAUCUAUUGAUAUGCCUUGUUUAUAUCCAAUGGCUGUUGCUUUAACAUUUUCAAGAGAAGUUUUUCAAAAAAUAUCAAAUAAUAAAAAAUUUAUUGUUGAUGAAAGUUCAUAUAAAAAUGUUUCAAGUAUUCCUUUAAAACUUAAAAUGUAUGAUGUUGAAUUUGAUGCAUUAACAUUACAAAAUAACUCAGUAUUAUCUACAAUUAUUCUUUCACCAGGAGGAAAAUUUUUAGAUAUUAUCUUUUCAUUAUUGUUAAUGAGUUUCUUAGGAAUUGGAUAUCUUGAACAAGAAUUAUUAAGAGAAAAGAAAAUUUUUAUAAAAAAAGAAGAAGAAAUAAAAGAAAAAGAAAAUAAAAUAAAUAAACAAAAGAAAAUUAUUGGAAAAUUAGAUAUUUCUAUUACAAAUAAAGAAAAUAAUAAAUCAAAUGCAUUCUUAAAAACACCUAGAAAUAAAACACCUAGAAAUACAUUAACACCUAGAAAAAGUAUUUUAACACCAAGAAAAGAAGAAAAUAAAGAAAUUAAAGAAAUUAAAGAUAAAAAAAUUAAAAUAGAAGAAAUAAAAAAGAAAGAAGAAAAUAAUAAAGAAAUUAAUUAUGAUAUUACUAGAUCAUUACCACUUUAUCUUUCAAUAUUCAUUUUUGGAGAAAGUUCAAAUGAAGAAUUAAGAAAAUAUGUUUCAAAAUAUUUUAAUGCAUAUCAUCUUGAUGUUAUUAUCUUUUUAACUCAAAUAGAAUCUAAUAAUAUUAAUAUUAAUUCACAAGAAAAAAUAUAUGGACCAUUAGUUAAAGAUAAAGAAAGUAUAAUGAAUCUUAGAUCAUUAUGUAGUUCAUUAGUUAAUUAUAAUUGGCUUUCAGAACAAUUAAUGGGAUAUAUUAUUAGAAAACAAAAUAAAGAAUAUCCAAUUCAAGUACCAAAUGAAUUAAUAAUUUUUUUAACAAGAGUUUGGAUUAAUAGAAUUACAAAUAAAAAAGAAGGAGAUAAAGAAGAUAUGCAAGGAAUUAAUUUAUGGGAAACAAUGAAUAAAAAUAUAGAAAAAAUCAUAAAAGAAAAAGAAUGGAAGAAAGGAGAAGUUAUAAGUCAAGAAUAUAUGAUUAUGAUGUUACUUAUUUAUAAUUCAUUUAAAGAAGAAAAUAAAAAGAAAUUUAUUAUACAGAUUUUUAAUAAUAUUAUUAAUAUUGAAAUAAAUAAAGAAAUUAAUAAAAUUAUUUUAAGUAGAUUAUGUAUGAUGUUAAAAUAUAUGAUUGAACAUUUUAAAGAAAAUGGAAAUGAAAUUAUUGAAAGUAUUCAAAAAAAUAUUUUAACUAAAGAUAUUAUUAUUAAUAAAUCAGAAAAUAUCAUUUAUCCAAAUUAUAUGAAAUAUAAUCAAGAAGUUCUUAAAGAAAUUAAAAAAAAAAUUGAAGGAACAGAAUAUCAAAAUAUUGAAUUUUAUAGUCUUAAUCAAGAAAAUAAAUAUCAAGAUAUGAUUAAUAAAAUAAGAAGAGGAUUAUUAGAAAAUAAUGAAAAGAAUGGAGAAAUUAUUCAGAAUAUUUUAAGUAAAGAAGAAUAUUGUAUUUUUAUUAAUAAAUUACUUCAAUUUUUACAAAUAAAUAAAAUAAUUACAAAUGAAAUAGAAGAAAUGAUUAAUGAAUAUUUAUAUCAUAAUAUUAUUGAAUUAUUAACUAUUUUACCACCAAGUAAUAAUAUAAUUGAAAAAUUUCAAAAUAAACAAAUAUUUAGUGAUAAUGGAAUUAAUGAUGGAUUAAUUAUAUUAAUUAUGUGGAUGAAUUUAUUUAGUUAUGAUAUUAAUCCUAUUCCAAAAGAAAUUGAAGAUAAUGCUAAAGAAUUAUUUAAAGAUUUAAUAAAUAUUUUAGAUAAAAUUGGAAAUAUUAAAGAAGAAAGAAAAGAUCAAGGAAUUCAUUAUGAAAGUAUAAUUAAAAUUAUUAUUGAUACAAUUAAAAGUCAUUGUUGGAAUGAUAUUAUGAUUAAAUCAAGAAUUAAAGAAAUGGAAGAAGAAGUUGAAGAUAAAGAAAAUAUUCAAAUUAAUGAAGAAUUAUUAAAAAGAAAAAAAGUAAUAAUUAAAAUUAAAGAAGAAGAAGAAAAUACAAAUAAUAAUUUAACACAAAGAGAAAUUUUAAAAAAAGAAAUUAAUAGUAUUAAUGAAAUAAUGUAUAAAGAAGAAGAAGAAGAAAAAGAAAAAAUAAAAGAAGAAGAAAUUGUUAAUAAUAAUAAUAAAAUAAGAAUUAUUGAUAAUCUUCCUAUAUUACCAAUUCAAAGUUUUAGUGAAGCAUGUAAUGAAAUAUGUAUUAAAAAACCACAAAUUUUAUUUGAUAUUAUUACAAAAAUUCUUCAAAAAUAUAGUGAAAUGAUGAAAAAAGGAUGGAGAGAAUAUAUUGAAGAAAAAGGAAUAAAUAAAGAAUAUAGUCAAAUUUUUAUUGAUAUUAUGUAUAAAGGAAUUGAUUUAAAUAGUAUUGAACAUAUUAUUGAAGAAAUGUAUUCAACACCAAAAGAAAUUAAUGAAAAGAAAAAUAUUAUUAAAGAAAUUGGAACACAAAAAGGAAUUAAAAUGAAAGAAUUUAUUCAUCCAUUAAAUUAUUUAAUUGAAAGUAUUGAAUAUCAUCCAAAUAUUACUAGUAAACAAGGAAAAAUUGGAAUGAAACAAAGUUUAAUAGAAAGUAUUAUUAUUUUAAUAAAAGAAAUAUGUGAAAGAAAUAAUAUUAAUGGAAAUUAUCAAGAUAGUAAAAUUAUGAAAGAAAUUUUUAAAUUAUCAAUUAGUUAUAUUAAUAAAUUUAUUGAAAAAGAAAUAAUAGAAGUUGGAAAAAAACUUUGUGGAGAUACUUUAAGUGAACCAAUGAUGAAACAAGCAAUAUUACCAAUUAUUGAUGAUUUUUUAGAAGAUUUUUUAAUAGAAUAUCAAAAUAAAAAAGAAGAAUAUAAAAUUAUUAUUCCAAAUAUUAGAGAAUAUUUUAAAGAAAUGAAAAAAAUUAUUGAAGAUAUUGAAAUUCAAAAACAACAUGGAAAAGUUGGAGGUGAAAUGUAUUAUUAUCAACAUAAAAAUUAUUAUAGAGAACCAAAUUUAAUCAUAUAUUUUAAAUGUGCUAGUGAAAUUAUAGAUAAAGAAGUUAAUGAAGAAAUUAUGAAAUAUAUUAUUAAAUUAUGUAAUGUAAAUAAUUCUAUUAAAGAUGAAAUUGAAACAAUUAUUGAAGGAAAUGGAAAAGAAAUAUUUUCAAAAUGGGGUAUUCAAAAUAUUAUUGGAUUUAAUGAUAAUGAUAAUAUCUUUAGAAUUGCUGAAAGUUCUACUACAAUUCAAUUUUUUAAAUUUAUUAAUACAAUUAUGAAAAUUAAUGCUAUUACUGGACAAGUUAAUGUUAAUGGAGUUAUUGAAGCAUUUUCACAAGGAAUUGAAGAAGUAUUUAAGAAAUAUCCAAAUUAUAUUGGAAAAUAUUUUAAAAUAAUUACAGAAUAUUCAUUAGAAAAUGGAGAAUUUAUUAUUAUUCUUAAUUCAUUAAAUAAUUGGUUAGAAAAAAUAAAUAAAGAAUAUAAAGAAUUUAAUUAUAAAGAAAUAGAAGGUAUUUCAUCAUUAUUUGAAGAAAUCCAACAUAUUAUUAUGAUUAUUCCAAAGAAAGAAAAAAAGAAUGAAAUAAAAAAUCUUAUUAAAAAAGAAGAAGAAGAAGGAAAUGAUGAAAUAAUUAAAAUAGAAGAUAAAUGUAGUAAAAAAGAAUAUAAAGAAGAAUUUAAACAACCAAUGUAUCAUUGUUAUGUUUGUGAUAUUAAUUGUUGUAAUUCAUGUAUUAAAAAUUGUCAUGAAGGACAUGAUACUAUUUAUCUUGGUGAAAUAACUAGUAUUUGUGAAUGUAAAUGUAAAGAAGAAGAAGAAGAAAAAAAGAAAGAUAAAAAACGUAAUAAUGAUGAAGGAAUUAAAGAUAAAAAACAACAAGCUAUUCUAAGAGCAUUAAAUAGAGAUUAUACAAUACCUAAAUUAAUUAAAGAAUUAAUUAAAAGAAUUGAAGAAACAAAAGAACAUUACAAAGAAGAAAAAGAUAAAAAUCAAAAUAUUUUAAAAAAUAAAAUUAUGUUACAAAAUGAAGGAAUUGGUAUUGGAUAUGAAGAAAAUAUACUUAUUGAUAAUAACCAUUUUAAAAUGAAAAGUAGUCAAAAUAUGAGAAUUAUACCAAUGGUGUCUAAAGGAAUUAUUAAACAAAAUUUAAUAUGUUGUGAUGAAGAAAGAAUUUAUUAUGUAAGAAAAGGAAAUGAAAUUGAAAUUAAUAAUAUUCAAAAACUUCUUUCAUUAAAAAGAAAUGAAAAUAAUGAAGAAAAUAAUAUUAUUGAAGUUCCAUUUGAAAUUAUUAAUAUGAGUUGUUGUCCAGAAGAAAAUAAAAAAAUAUUAGUUAAUGGAUAUAGAAAUGCAGAAAUUAUUAUUAUUGGAGAAAAUGAAGAAGAACAACAAAUUGAAUUAGUUAUGGAUAAUACAGAUAAAGAUAUUUUUAUUAAUUGUAUUGAAUGGAUAGAUAAAGAACGUAUUGCAAUUACAACAAGAAAUUCAAUUAAAAUAUUUGAAAUUAAUAAAAUUAAUGAAAAUAAUAGUUCAAUUAUUGAAUCAAGUAUUGAUUAUAAAAUUUUACAAGGAGAAAUUUUAUCAAGUGUUAUUAUUAAAACACCAAUUAUAAAAAGAAUUAUUAUUAGUACUACUGAAUCAGAAUUAUUUUAUCAAGAUAUUCCUAAAUCAUUUAAUGAAAAUAAUAAAGAAGAAAUUAUUCAAAAAGAAUUUAAAAUAAAUCAUGAAAAAGAAUUAUUUAUAAUAAAAUAUUUAGAAAGAGAAAAUAUUUUAAUAUUAAGUAAAGAAACAUUAGAAAGUUAUUUAAUUGAAUUAAAUAAUAAAGGAGAAAUUUAUAAUGAAGUAGAAACAAUAUUUGAAACAUUACCAACAUAUUUUAUUGAAACAAGUAAAAAUACAAUGAUUAGUAAUUGUCAAGAAAAUAAAAGUAUUAAAUCAUAUAAAAUUAUGAAUAAUGGAUUAAAUUAUAUUAAAUUAUAUGAAAAAGAAGAAAUUGGAGGAAUUUGUUAUAGUAAUAAAGAAAAAAUAAUAUUUAUUGGAAUUUGUAAUGGAAAUCUUAUUGGAUUAAAAGAAACCGAAGAAAUUGAAAAAAUUAAUAAAUUAAAACCAAUGAGAUCAAAUAAACAAAGAUUUUUUGAAAAAAUAGAAUAUAUUAAACCAGAAGAUUAUGAAAUAAAAGAAGAUAAUAAAAAAAUUAUUAUUCCAGAAGGUAAAAUUCAAUUAUAUCAUUGUAAUAUUCAAUGUACAAAAAAAGUCAUUCGAGGAAUUAAAAUUUAUUUUGGAAAAAAAGUACCAAAACAAAUUAAUUUUAAAGAAAGAAAUUAUCCAAUUGGAGAAGGAGAAAGAUGGUAUGAUAUUGAAUUAAGAAAAAAAGAAUCACUUUUAAAUAAUAUUAAUAUUAGUUAUUGUUCUACAAUUAAUGAAGAAGAUAAUAUUUCAAUUGAAGAUAUAGAAAUUUAUGGAGAAAGUAAAGAAGAAUUUAAUUAUGAAGAAAGAAAAAUAAUUGAAGAAAUGAAAAAAGAAGAUAAUAAAGAAGGAAAAGAAAAUAAUAUUUUUGAAGAAUGUAUUAAAAAAGGAAUUGAAAUUAUUGGAAUAAUUUAUAAUAUCACUAGAAGUAAUAAAGAUAGAGAUGAAUAUAAAGAAGAUAUUAUUAAUAAAGUUAAAGAAAUUUAUAAUAAAGGAUAUAAAGGAAUUAAUAAAGCAUGUCAAGAUACAUUAAAAUUACUUUCAGUUAAUGAACAAACAGAACAAAAAAUUAUAGAAAAAUUUAAAGAAAUUAAUGAAAAAAUGAUUAAUUCAAAUGAUAAUAAAGAAUGGAAUAAAUAUUUAUUAUUUAUUUAUGAUAAUCAAAAUAAAAAACCUAAUAUUCUUUUAAAAUAUCUUAUUAGUAAUCCUAGAUUUAUUACUAAUUUUUGUAAUAAUGUUAUUGAUAAAUAUAAUGAAUUAAAACCAAGUAUUAUUAGUAUUCUUAUUAAAAUUUUAUUAAGAAAUAUUGAAAUUAUUGAAAUUUCAAAAAAUCAUUAUAAACAACAUUUUGAAAUUAUUAAAACAAUUAUUUUAUUACCUCAACAAUUAUCUGAAAUAGCAUUAAUUACAAUUUGUCAAUAUUUUACAGAAAAAAAACCAAGAAUAAAAGAAAUUGAAUAUACUAUUAGAAGUAUUAUUCAAGAAAAUAAAAUUAUUGCUGUAGAAAAACAAAUUGAAAUUAAAGGAGGAGAAAUAGAAUUUGAAUAUGUUAAAAAUAUUAAAGAAACAUUAAAUGUAAUGGUAAAUAAUAAAAAUAAAGGAAAAGAAGAAAAAUUACAAACAAUUACAGAAACAAAAGAAAUGUCAAUUAAUAAAAUUAUUGAUGAAAGAGAACCAAUAGAAAUGAAUGAAAUGAUUUAUGGAAUUAUUAAUGGUAUUUUAGAAAUAAUGAAUCAAAUUAAAGAAAAAAGUAAUGUAUUUGGAAUGAUGGGAGUUAUAUUUUAUUGGAUUAUAACUCAAAAAAAUUAUAUUAUAAAAGAAGAAUAUAUUGAUAAUUUAAUUGAUAAAAUGAUAGAAAUAAUUAAAGAAAAUAAUGAAGAAAAUUCUUUUAUUAUUAUUAAAUUAAUAAGUUGUUUAUUAAGUUCAUUAGAUAUUGAAUAUUAUCAACAAUAUACUAGAAAUGAAUUAACUAAUAUUAUUUAUUCAUUUAAACAAGGUAUUUUACCUAAACCAUCAGUUUCAUUAUCAAGAAUAAUUGCUAAAUCAAUUAUUAAAAAUAAAAAUGGAAUAGAACAUGAACUUUAUCAAUUAUUUAAUAAAGAAUAUAAUAAAAUUAUUAAUGGUAAAUUAAAAAUUCAAAUUAAAGGAGAAAAAGGAAAUAUUCAUAGAAAACCAAUUAGUGAAAAUAAUGAAUCAAUGUUUGAUGAUAUUGAAAUAAAAAUUAUUGAAAAUAUUAUGUCAAUUAUUUAUUAUUUAUUUAAUUAUAAAAGAGAUAUGGAAAUUAAAGAAAUUGAUGAUAAAGAAAUUUGGAAUAAACAAAUAAGAGAAUUAGUAAAUAAAAAUGAAUUUCAUACUAUUUCAUAUUCAUGUAAAAGAGUAUUAUAUCAAUUUGGUGGUGGUGCUUAUGCUUUUCAUUUAAAAACUGAUUCAGAAAUGUACCAACAUUCUAUUCCAAAAAUUAUUGAAAUAAUGAAUCAACUUAUUAAAAAACAAGAAAUUCAAAAUGAAAAUGAAUUUAAAGAAGAAAUCUAUAAAAUUAUUAGAACAUCAUUUAAACGUCCAAAUUUAUUCCAACAAUAUAUUAGAGAAGAUAAUGAAAUCUUUUUAUUAAUGAUUGAACUUCUUUCAAUGAAUCUUCAUAAUGAUAUUAUUGUUUUAUUAUUAAAAUUACUUAGAAGUUCUUUCUUAAUUAAUGUGGAUAAAACUAUUAGAGAAAAACCAAUUAAAUAUGGAAUUACUCAACUUCAAACAAUUAUUGAAGAACGUCAAAAAGUUCUUGAUGAUUUAGAAAAAAAUAAAGAUUCUGAAAGAAUUUUUGUUGAAAGUAUUUGUAAAGAUUCUCAUAUUCUUCAUAACAUUAUUCUUUCUUUAUUACAAUUAAAUGAUAAAUUAAUUAAUAUUGAAUUAACUAAAUUAAUUGAAAGUAUUGGAAAUUUAGCUAAUCAAUAUCAACGUAAUACUUUAUUAAAUAUUUUAUGGGAUUGUUAUCCUCAAUUUAAUACAAAUUCUACAUUAUUAUCAAUGAUUAGUACUAUUUCAUUCCUUAAAGCUCAAGGAACUUUAAAGAUAGAUCAUUCUAUUAAUCAAUAUUUGAAUUAA